AAAUGUCGGCAAUCGCAACGCGUAACCUUUAGACUGAGAUGAUUAAUGAUAAGACUUUGAAUGAACGCGAGGGGUGCGAUUGCUUGUCAGCGGGUGUUGGGUGUCCGUGCGUGUGGGCAGUAUGCCCCCCCCACCCCUGCGUUGGUGUAAGUGGUGCGGUCCGCGCAACCCCCGGUGUGGGACGCGUCCCCACUCACCGUGCAUCCUUCUCGCCCUCUUCAUCCGCAUCCUCAACAUCCACAUCAGCAGCAGCAGCAACAAGCAAGCGGCUCUUUCAUCAACAUCAUCAUCGCCAUCGUAUUAUCCGUUUGGUCGUCGGUCUGUAAAUUCCGUUCAUAUUCUCAGCGGGAGCUGAAGGCCCCGCCCGCCAGCUCGCUCGCUCGGCCAGAUGUCGAGGAAGAUGACGCGCGCCGAGGUGUGCGCAGACUGCAGCGCGCCAGUAUCAGACCCCGGCUGGGCGUCCAUCAACCGCGGCGUGCUGGUGUGCGACGAGUGCUGCAGUGUGCACCGCAGCCUGGGCCGCCACAUCUCCCUCGUCAAGCACCUGCGCCACAGCCAGUGGCCCACCUCGCUCAUACAGAUGGUGCAGACGCUGGUGAGCAAUGGAGCCAACUCGAUCUGGGAGCACUCGCUGCUCGACCCAGCGCAGAUCCAGAGCGGCAAGCGCAAGGCUAACCCACACGACAAAGUGCACCCGACCAAGGCAGAGUUCAUCAAGGCCAAGUAUCAGAUGCUGUCGUUCGUGCACCGCAUGCCGUGCCGCGAGGACGAUAACAUCAUGGCCACCGACCUGAGCAGGCAACUGCACUCGAGUGUGAGAACGGGGAACUUGGAGACGUCGCUGAGGCUGCUCUCCCUGGGGGCCCAAGCCAACUACUUCAACCCCGACAAGGGGAACACCCCGCUGCACGUGGCAGCCAAGGCCGGGCAGACCCUGCAGGCCGAGCUGCUCGUGGUGUAUGGCGCCGACCCGGGUGCCGUCGACGCUCUGGGCCAGACGCCCGUCGAGUGCGCGCGCCAAGCGGGACACACGGAUCUCGCCGACCGCCUCGUCGAGUGCCAGUACGAGCUCACCGACCGCCUCACCUUCUACCUGUGCGGCCGUAAGCCAGAUCACAAAAGCGGCCAGCACUUUGUGAUUCCGCAGAUGGCAGACAGACAGAACAGCCUGGACCUCUCUGAAUUUGCAAAGGCAGCCAAGAAGAAACUGGAAGCACUGAGCAACCACCUCUUUGAGGAGCUUGCAAUGGACGUGUACGAUGAGGUGGACAGGCGCGAAACCGACGCAGUGUGGCUCACCACACAGAACCACAGCAAGCUGGUGACGGACCGCACCGCCGUGCCCUUCCUGCCCGUCAACCCUGAGUACUCGUCCACGCGCAACCAGGGCCGACAGAAGCUGGCUCGCUUCAACGCUCGCGAGUUCGCCACGCUCAUCAUCGACAUCCUGAGCGAUGCCAAGCGGCGGCAGCAGGGCACAGCACCGGGGGACAGCAUGGACGAUGACGAUGUUCACGAUUACGACAUCGUGCCGUCGGAGGAUGAAGACGUGACCCCCGGGAACUCCGCCGUCAAAUCCCGAGCCAAGAGCAUGGACUCUGACCUCUCCGACGGGCCGAUCACCUUGCAGGAGUACAUGGAGGUCAAGUCGGCGCUUGCCAGCUCGGAGGCCAAAGUUCAGAGGUUACUCAAGGUGAACUCCGACCUUGGAGACGAGCUGCGGCGCCUGAGGCAGGAGGUCGACAAGCUGCAUCGCGAGAACUCCACGCUGCGCGAACAGCUGGGCAGCGGCAGCUCUCCCUACCCAGGCCCGCACGGCGGAGGCGGUGGCGGAGGCGGUGGCGGUGGCGGCGGCGGCGGCGGGGGAGGGGGGCCUUCCGCGUCGCGCAAGGAGCCCGUCUACCAGGCCUCUGCUCUGGACUCCUCGCUAGACGGGGACUACAGCAGCUACAGGGAGGUGGGCCUCGGCGUUCGUUGCGUCGAGGGGGAGGAGAGCGAGGGCGACCCGAGCCACGCGCUGCCCAGCGGACAGGACGUCAUCCGCAAGACGGAGCAGAUCACCAAGAACAUCCAGGAGCUGCUGCGCUCUGCCCAGGAGUGCAAGCACGAGAGCUUUGUGCCGUGCUCCAGCAAGAUCCACAUUGCGGUGUCGGAGAUGGCCGCUCUGUUCCCAAAGAAGCCGCGCUCGGAGACGCUGCGGGCCUCGCUGCGCCUCAUGACGGGCAGCGCGCUGCGCCUGCAGUCCGAGUGCAUGAAGACGAUCCCCGCGGACGCGGGCGACGCCGUCGACCUGCAGCUCAUCACCCAGCAGGUCAUCCAGUGCGCGUACGACAUCGCCAAGGCGGCCCGCCAGCUCGUCACCUUCACCACCAACGCCGCCAACGCGUGAGCGGGGUCGGGCGCCGGGGUCGGGCGCCGGGCGGCCGGCUCGGCCACGGCGGGCUUCGGCAAGGGUUGGGCGCGGUGCCGGCGAGCCCGAGUUUUACCGGUGCAGGGGGUCCAGUCCCACGCGUGCACUCGCGCGCUCGCGGUCACACGACACGUGCACUCACAGAGGCACGCACUCUUUACACGCAUGUACGCACUCAUUAAUGGAUGCACACACGUGUACGUAUGUGUGUACACUUGGCCUGUAAUGAUUCACCGAUUACAGUGAGUUCUAAUGUUCACGAAGCACGUGUCGAAUCAGACAUUGUGAUAUGAUAGCAUAUCAGUCACUCCUGUGACUGAUAUGCUGUCACAUUUAAACCAAUGGAGCUAACAACAUGGUAGAUCAUAUUCGGAAAAAAUUGAAACAACGAAUCGGUUCUUGAAUCGAUUCAUGAUCCAGCAUCGUGACAAUUAAUCGAAACCCUUUGGGGGUGGGGGUGAAUCAUCAUACGCCUAACGUACACGCACGCACGCACACACAGGUGGGUGUACUUGGGGAGGUGUCCACGCAUUGUGCUAGCGGCCUACCCUGCGAGGCACGGCUUGGUCAACGUAGAGCUGCAGUCACAAGCAGUGCUUUCAUUGACGCACGACGCUCCAAGGAGCUUUGCGACGGAACGGCCAGAGCCACCGCCACUGGCUCAGCACUCGUGAAGAACAGAGCCCAGCCUCGGCACAGCCUACCCGCAGUCACCGCACGCACGCACGCACAUGAACUGUUGUAAAAUAUUUUAUUCAUCGUGGUAAGCCAUCUCGUACGGUGUGUGUGUGCGCGUGCAUGUGUGCGCACGCAACUAUCACUUUGCUUGCGCAGUUGGCGACGUUUAACCGUGACGUUGUGACUUCACAGGGUUUUUUUUAUUUAGCCUGCCAAACCAGAAGCCCUCUGUCUUUUCAGUUAUUUAAAUCAGAAAGAAAAGACAAAAAAAAACAUCUGCUUGCUCAAUAACUAACUUCCUUAUGCAUAAUCACGUGUGCUAUAAUUAGAAAACUGCUAAGUGCUCGUAAUGACUUGAAACUUUGGCAAUUCCCUGACCCCUGUUUUAAGUAUCAUUAUCGUGUCAAUGCUUAUGGGCACUGUCACUUGCAACAUCGCGUUGGGUUUGUCACGCUCACCUGUGCCCACAUGUGCCCCGCUAACCUGGGUCCACCUGUACCCCGCUCGCCUGAUUCCACCUCUACCAUGCUUACCUGGGCUCACCUGUGCCAAUGACAGCGAUCGUCCCGAGGCUACACUUGCCCUCAUAGGAACCCAGGUUGCAUGGCGAGGCCCAGCCAGGAGUCAUGAUGGCGGAGUUCAUUACAAACGCGCCGGUUUGUGUAAACCUCUAAAGUGGACGGUUGAACUCGAGAGGAUUGCCACGCGUGAGCCCUCGAAGUUCCCCGUGCCCUUCUCCGUCCGAUGUUCCCCUCCGCAGAAUCGUGUCGCCCGAGAGUCAACUUGUGUUUUUCUAGACAGCGGCGCUACGAAUUGUAUAACACGAAUUAGACGCUUAACGGUUUCAUUUACAAAGUGCAUUAUGUUUUAGGGAGCCUUACGGCUGGGCCACCCCUCAUCCGGCCACACCUGUCCCACUCAUUCCUGGUUUGAUCGACCACCUGCCGCCGGCUGCUGCUUGCGGAUUCGCUGGCUUGAGGCUGAGCCGAUGGAAUCUCCUGCUUCUACGCACGUCUGUUGUAACGCGCGUCCAUCCCUUGCCGCGUCCCCGUGUGCCAAGUUCGUUGUGGAGCCAGGUGCGAUCAAUGCAGCUGUAAAUGUGCGUCGCUCGGAAUAUCCCCAGCGUCGCGGCUUUGGCUCGGUGCCUGUCCAGCGUGUCGAGAUGUGUGACGCGCACAUGUUGGUGUGACGCAAGUGUGGAGACACACGAGACCAUUGUGUGCGUGGUGUGACGUGUGUACCAUGCUGUGAGACCGGUGUGUGUGUGUUGUGAAUCGCGUAGCGUGGCACUUGACCAGUGUAUGUGCUGUGACACAAGACCAGUGGUGUCUUUGAGUGUGUGGCAUCAGUGUGACGUGCGUGUGGAUCGCCACGUGUGUAAUGCCAUUAUCACGUGUGUGAAACGAGGCCAUCGUGGGGUGUUACGUGAUGCGUGUGCGGUGUGAGCCGGCGUGGAUCAUGGUUGGUAGAAGGAGUCCACGAAUCGUCAAAUUCGGGCAGCAGUGUUAGUCUCAUGGCUCGAUUGGCUCGGCGUGGCAUGGGUGGGCUGCCUUGGGAUCCUACUGACGGAGCCUUCGUAUCGAAAUUCCACUGCACAACCAAGCCGCGCCAGCAUGCCGUGCCGAGCCAGGUGGGCACGGCUGAGGAAGGUGCCAGGUUGUUUUUUUCCACUGCAGAACGAGAGCCGUGCCAGCAUGCACGUUCAAGCCUACUGCAAAUGCAACCUGAUCAAUAAGAUUAUCCCUCUGUCUGCUUAUGGCCGUGACCAUGUCGGAUGUCUGUGAGACACGAGAGUUUCUCGGUUUGGUUCUGGCUCGGCUUGGCAAAUCGCCAGUGGAAAAAAAUCACCCACAUCGUGAGAGCCCCUCCACGCUGAGCUCGGCUCGGAUGUACAGCGACGAGGGCUGCCCUGGCUCGGUUCCGAUCGCCGCCGGUCCCUGCGUGCAUUGGGAGUGUUUCUUGGAGUGGACUUCUUCAAGUGACUUAAUAUUGUAUUUUAGAAUGUUGUACUGUGCAUUGUUACACGUGCGUUGUUCAGACAUUUCCUAUGUGGUAAACCAUGUAACCCUGUAUUUUAUACUGCGUUUUGAGUUUACAGCUGUUAUGACGCAAACACGUUAUGUUUGGUGCCAAUUUAUUAUUGUUACAUCUUCAGCAUGCGGUUACACAGAAUAAAAGAUGAAUGGGAAAACAA